AUGACAGAAAAUCAAACACCCUCAGCCGCAGCGGCAGCCGCUGCUGCUACUGCUUCGGUGGCCGUGAAGCUUCCAGAAUUCUGGAAGAGCGACCCAGCCAUGUGGUUUGCUCGGGCGGAGGCCCAGUUUGCGCUGGCUAGGGUCGUAAGAGACGAGACGAAAUACUACUACAUCAUCAGCAAGAUUGAUCAGUCCGUCAUCUGCCACGUAGCAGAUUUAAUAGAGAACCCGCCGGCGGAUAACAAAUACAAAGCGGUGAAGGAUCGACUGAUUUCUCGCUUUGAAAUUUCCGCACAGGGCAAACUGGAAUGUCUGCUAAAUCCCUGUGACCUCGGGGAUAUGCGGCCAACCCACCUACUAGCGUGUAUGUAG